AGUUCAAUCGGUAAUGUAAUUAUUCCUCAAUUAUUUACAUCUUUGCAAGUUUAUUGUCCUCUUUGCAAGUUGUCACUAUGUUUAGCAACACUCACGAUUGGGAUCCGUCUUCAUCAGAUGGUGUCGGUCGUCAGCAGGCCCCGCUGGCGCGCCGCACCCUACUGGGCCAGCACCCGCCACAGGCACUGCUGCACCUGAAGCGAAUGCUGCCACAUGUGUCACUGGAGACACUGGAGGAAAUGCUGCAGGCUCGCCCCCCUCAGCCGCCACUGCAGGCUCACCCCCCUCAGCCGCCACUGCAGGCUCGCCCACCUCGGCUGCAACAGCUGCAACAGCAGGCUCGCCCACAGCAAGCUCGCCCACCUCGCCCCCCUCAGCCGCCACAGCAAGCUCGCCCACCUCAGCAGCCCCUGCAGACUCGGCCGCCGCAGCAGGUGUGGCCCUUCCCAGAGCAGCUAGAGCAACUAGAGCAACUAGAGGAUCUAGAGCAGCUAGAGCAGCUAGAG